AUGUCGCACAAAGCAGAGUAUCUCCCAGACAGAGGAACAUCUAUCUCUUCAAUCCUUCAAGGUGGAUAUAACCACCCGCUCGCAAGAGAGUGGCAGAGUGAGAAGCAGCUCACCAAGAGUAUGUUCAUUUUCCCUCUAUUCGUUUCUGAUCAACCAGAUGAAGAAGAAGUGAUCCCAUCCUUGCCAAACAUUAAAAGAUUUGGACUUAAUCGACUUGUUCCUUAUGUGCGUGGACUUGUUGAUAAGGGACUUAGAGCGGUUAUCCUAUUUGGUGUACCAUUGGCUGAGGGAAGCAAAGAUCCCGAGGGAACUAAUGCUGAUGAUCCAAACGGACCAGUUAUUCAAUCUAUAAAGAUCUUGAAAAAGGAAUUUCCCGACUUGUAUAUUAUGUGCGAUGUUUGUCUCUGUGAAUACACUAGCCAUGGACACUGUGGAGUUCUUGACGAGGAUGGUUCGUUAAACCAAAAGCUCUCAGUUCGUAGACUUGCGGCUGUUGCUGUGAAUUACGCUAAGGCUGGUGCCAACUGUGUAGCUCCUUCAGAUAUGGUUGAUGGAAGAAUCAAGGAAAUGAAGUUGGGGCUCAUCGAAGCAGGCUUGGCCCACAAGUGUCUCUUAAUGUCGUACUCUGCUAAAUUCAGUGGUGGAUUGUAUGGCCCAUUCAGAGAUGCCGCUUGCAGUUCCCCCGGCCAGGGUGAUAGGAAGUCAUAUCAAUUACCACCUACAGCUUCAGGGUUGGCUCGUCGUGCUUUGGCUAGAGAUAUGGAAGAAGGUGCCGAUGCCAUCAUCGUCAAGCCUUCUACGUUUUACUUGGAUAUUAUUAGUGACGCUGCUAAGUUAUGCAAGGACUAUCCAGUGUGUGCCUACCAUGUCAGUGGUGAAUAUGCCAUGUUGCACGCAGCAGCAGAAAAGGGUGUAGUUGAUUUGAAGCAGAUCGCCUUUGAAUCUCACCAGGGAUUUUUAAGAGCUGGUGCAAGAUUGAUAAUCAGUUACUUCACGCCCGAAUUCUUAGAAUGGUUAGAUUGA